UCCUUGUCGAGAAAUACAAAACCUAUCAGUGUGUUCGAUCACUGCCAGAUUUUUGCAGUCAGAGCUCCGCCGCGCUGGGCAGUGGGGUGCCGCAUGCCCCCAAGGUCAGGAGGAAAUAAUAAUUCCGUGCUUGUGACAUUUCAGCAAGAGAGAUCUGUUGAUACAUGAUUGCAUGCAGCACAAACGUACCUGUAGUCAGUCACAUCCAUCCGGAUUUGAACGGUGCUCGGUAGAUGUGGCUGCUCGUCAGCCUGGGUAGUUUGGGCCGCCGCGCUCGCCAAUCACAACAGUUUUUGCUUAGACCUAGGAGGACAAUGGCGAGGACAAGCCCAGCACAGGCAUCUCACCCUGGCUACCUGAAUCAGGUUGAUGCCCAGCAACUGGACCAGGACUUAUUCAACGAGUGUGGCUAUGGCCUAGACCAGCUGAUGGAGUUGGCUGGUUUGAGCGUUGCUAUAGGCUUAGCCAAGGUCUAUCCUGUCAGGUGCAAUGUAUUGGUGUGCUGUGGGCCAGGCAACAAUGGUGGAGAUGGACUGGUUGCUGCUCGCCAUCUCAAAGCCUUUGGUUAUUCACCGACUGUGCUGUAUCCGAAACGACCGGAGCGCUUGCCGUUCACUAACCUGAGCAAGUCCUGUGUGGUAAUGAAUAUCCCACUGCUGGGUACGGAUGUCAUCCCGUCGCCGACAGACAUCCGUGAUCAAUAUCAAGUUGUUCUGGAUGGUAUAUUUGGGUUCAGCUUCAAGGGAAAUGUCCGCGCGCCGUUUGACAAGCUACUAGAUUCCCUAAUGGCCUGUGAUGUACCAGUGUGUUCUAUUGAUAUUCCAUCAGGUUGGGAUGUGGAGCUGGGCAAUCCUAAUGGCCUCCAGCCAGAGACACUUAUCUCGCUAACUGCUCCAAAGAAGUGCGCAGCAUUCUUCUCCGGCAAGCACCAUCUGCUCGGCGGCCGAUUUAUUCCCGACUUCAUUGCUGAACGCUACAAUCUGCGAAUACCUGCCUAUCCAGCCGAAGAUCAAGUUGUUGUGCUCAGCUCGACAAACGCGUGCAGUGCGAGUUGACUUGCGUCUUCGCUUUGUCCCCGACUAUAGUUUAGUUAGGCCACUGCACACCCUGCACGUCUUCUCCGACUGCUUACAUCCAAGUGAUGCAAGUCACCCUCACAGCUGUGUGCCAGUUGUUCUGGUCAAGCCCACUGGGGCACUAGCAUGACCCUGAAAACAUGUCCACAGGCACCGGCGGUAGUCUGUUGACCCCCGGAUUGCAGCGUACAGUGUGUGCCUGUCAGGCGCUCGGACAGUUCUUGAGAGUUUGACAUCUAUCUACUAGUAAUGUUGCAGUGUACAUGUACUUGUCAGAUCUGAAUAUAUUCUACAAGUACCAGUAUACCGUAUUUCCUCAAAUAGUAGGCCGGUCUACUAUUUUUCAACCUCGCCCUAACCCGGCCUUAUAAUCGAGGACGGUCUUGUAUUCGAGGACGGUCUUUUAUUCUUUCAACCCAGUUUGACCCUGGUCUUCUAUUUCUCGCCACACAGUUUUACCCCCGUUCUUCCAUUUUCUUCUACACAGUUUGAGCACGGUCUUCUAUUUUUUUCCCACAAUUUGAGCACGGUCUUCCAUUUUUAACACAAGAACAAAGACUCAUUUAGUAGGCCCGGUCUUCUAAUCGGAGACGGUCUUUUAUUUUUUCAACCGCCCCUACCCCGGCCUUGUAUACGAGGAAGGCGUUGUAUACGAGGACGGCCUUUUAUUUGCGGAAAUACGGUAUACGCUCUGCACCCUGCGCAUCGAUUACUUUCCUGGCAGUUUGCCAAACCUCUUAUUGAAUAUUCUAUACGACGGACUGCUUGUAGUAGUUCAGCACGCAAAGUAAAAUCAUGUACCAUGGGAAUUUGUGGUUUGAA